AUGGACGACCAGAACGAAUUUAUAGAUUUAGACCGUAUUACAAACUCUGAGUUCCGAGAGCAAAUCAAAACGUGGAUCGAAGAGCGCGGAAUACACGAAAGCCUACAGUUGCAGAUGAAAAAGGAUCUAAUCGACCAAAUUAGUCGCACCGCUUUGGGUCGAAAGAUGUCCCUAAAGCUGCAAACCCAUCAAGGUAUUAUGCUGUCGCCGCUUGUUCUGGUGCUGAACACUCUAGUAGCCGAGUUCUUGUACACCCAAAACUGCCACUUUUCGCUGUCGGUGUUCAGCAAUGAGGUGCCAUUCAAAAACACGCUGCCCGAUUUUACAAAAUCUGGCCAUUUUCGAUUGAGUCGCAUCGAGCUGCAGGAGAUUUUCGAGGCUCUUGGAAUUGUACAUUCCAGCGAGUUGAUCGAAAAGUAUGAAUCGAAACCAAAACAAUCGGGCAAAUCGCUGCUGUAUAUUAUCUUUAAAUCAAUGCUCGCCUCAGUUAGAAGCUCUGAGGAGAAAAUCAAGCGACUGAAUAAAGCGGAAACGGAAAAAGAUGCGACCAAAUCGUUGCUGGAUGGCUUUGGAGUGGAUAAACUGCACAGGAAUGUGGAGAAAUUAUUGCAUAAAGUAAAACUUGUAAGUAAAAAUAUCGAGCGAUUUGAAUUGUUAAAAGAUAGUGAAAAUCACGGGGAAGAUAAUCGUGACGAGCAGACCGAAUCGUUGAGAAUUUGUACGGAGAACGUACAAAAAUUAGUCGGUAGAUUGGAGAGUUGUUCGAAAGUUUUUGAAACUUUAAUAGAAAAGCUGAAAGAGCAAACGGAACAACCGAAAGUGGCCGAGCAAACCGAGAAAGCAUCAAAACCAGAAGAGAAGGUGCAAACACCAGGUCCCAAAUCAUACACAGAUUUCUUAAAUGAACUGAAAAAUAGUGAACAUGGGAAGAAAUACGUGGCAAAGUUGCAAAAACAAAUACUUAAAUUGAUGGAUAAAGAAAAGGCUUUGCUAGAGGCAAAAUAUGCGGAAAAAAUUCACCGUGCUGAGUUGGAAUACAAAUCAAAGUUGGAGGACCUAAUGACUGAGAGAAUUCGAGAGGUGUCGGUUCCGGUCGAAAUCCGACAUUCACCUAAACCGACAAACAAGACCAGCGAAAGCGACGAAAGUGCACUUUAUAUGAAAAAGAUAGAUGAGAAAUUGAACAGACUCUAUCAGCAUGAAAAGAAUGUGGACGAAAAGCUGGUCACAUUAAAAAAUGACUUGCAUCAGCAGGAAAUCAGACAAAGUCAAUACUUUAAGUCGUUAAAAGCAGCCGAAACAAAGGAAAAGAAGCUGGCAGUUCUUCAGGAUGUGGAACGGCAAUUACUGGCAACGUUCGAGGAUGAGACUCAAACGAUUGUACGCAACGCCAAAGCAACCAUCCAACAGCUGGAGAGUGAGAGUGACAAAAUAAACCGUUCCUUUCAGAACUACCUGCAGAAACAACGUGAGGAUAAACGAAAAUUGAACAAUGAAAAAGUACAAAUCUGGCAGAAAUAUAACGACGAGAAGUUAGAACUGAACCAACGUGAACUACUGGAAUUGAAUGAUCAUUCACGAGAAGUUCCCAUUGUCCAAGAAGUACGUCCAACAUUACAUGAUGGUGAUCUCGCAUAUAGAGGCUAUUUUGAAAAUCCGUUUAAAAAUUUUGAUCCCCACAAAUAUCUGAAAAAAGCGACGACCAGUACGGUGCAUGAUUUUCCCAAAUAUAGCAGAGCUAUCGAUGUUGGAAUAAAUACUUCUUUUGCACAAAAUAGACCUGCAGCACAGGAAAUUAUAGUGGAAGUAGAAAAACAAUCUUCUGUUACUCAUAGAAAAAAUCCGGAAAAUAUAGCGACCGAUAUUGGUGGCAGACCACAAUCUAGAGAUGUUUUCUCUAAACUGGCUUCAAAUGGCACCACAGGUUCGGAUUAUAAUUUAAUCGAUUUAGUACCCGUUGAACCCUCUCAGGCACAAUCUAAACUGAGCGAGCUACUCGCAAAAGACACAAACAAUCUGAAGAAAAGUAUUGAAGAAAACUUGCAGAAGUUAGAUCAAAUGAGUAAAACUUAUUCCAAAGGAACAUCGUCCAGUAACUCGGCAGACAAGCUGGAAACGUACACUGUAAAACUUACUAUCGAACCACCAGAAACGGUAGAUAAAAGCCUGGACGAAUCGUCGAGCGGUCCCGAAUUGAAAGGUUUAUCCGACGGAGAAUUAACUAGUCCACAACGUACCGGUCAAAUUCCCAUUCUUGACAACACUCGUGAAUUAUUGGCAAUUACUAAAGAAACAUUUUCGGAUUUCAUCAUUGAUGCCGAUGAAAAAAGUUCCAACAAUGUGGAAAAAGAAAAACCGGUUGAAAUAUUCUCGCUUGGAUCGCUAAGUGAUUUGGAUUUGAGUGGUGAUAGUGGUUCGAAUCCGAACAGGAUAUUUACGGAAACCGCUGGCGAUAGUUCAAAUGAUAUACUUGAACAAAUUUCAACUGGAAAACGAUCACUGUCCGAACAUAGCUGGAGUUAA